AAUGGAAUCAUCUCGGCCAUAUGGGUAACAAGAUCAACAGUUUGAGGGCAAGGGAAGAAGAGGAACUAGACGACAACGGCAAUGUCCGCGCGCGGUCCAUCAGUGUUGGUGGAGGCGGCAGUGGCAGCUCUAUUCGUGCCAUGUCUAGUUCUAUGAGCGCACCAUCUGGAUCCAGACCGAUCAGGCAGCAGAGAGUCCGGGUCCCCGGAGGACCUGAUAUGGGUUUCCUGUGGGGUAUGAGCAACUCGGCCCCCAACCCUAACGCUAGACUUACCUUCCCCAGCCACACCCUUUGGGCCAGUAACGUAAAAUGUCCGGUAUGCAGCAAGAAGCUGAUGGGAGACGAUAUCGAGGAGCAUUUAGUACUUUGUCUUUCUAAACCUAGAGUCACAUAUAAUGAAAACGUGUUGGCGGCAGAGGCCGGAGAAUGUGAUAUCUGUAUGGAUGACAUGGAAGUCGGAAACGUCAUAGCCAGAUUACAGUGUCUGUGUAUAUAUCACAAAAAGUGCAUAGACCAGUGGUUUGAUGUUAACAGAAGCUGUCCCAAACACCCAGCCGAUUGAAACCUUCUCAGAACUGCUUUCCCCUUUCCUUGUUAAUAGUUGUGUGCUGUUCUGCGACCCGUGAGCUGCCACCCAGUACCACGUGAGCUGCCCACGUGAGCAGCCCACGUGAGCUGCCACUCAGUACCCACCACGCUAUCAACUCUCUUCACAAUCUCGCUUUCCUUACCGUUAUUAUAAUCGUGUUCGUUAAUGACAUUUUGAAUUUUUGUCAAUUAUUUCUUUGCCCGGCAAACAUUUAAGCCACUUUUCUAGAGUUUUGUUCUUGUGAUGAUAAGAGAUUGCGUGAGAUAGUCAAAGAUUGAAGUGAACAUAAGAUUGUUCCGUUGAAACCUAUUUAAAAUGUUGAUGAGAGAAGGAAUAUGUUUUCCCUUUGUUUUUAUACUCCUACGUUUCAGUACCUAAAACUACGACUUCAGGGAUUGUAAGAGAUGUUAUGCAAUGUUGUGUAAAAACCGUGAUAAUAUUAUAUAUUUUAUGUUUGUUAAUAAAACGAAAGUCUACUGGAACGAAGUCUAAUCUCCGACGAAUGCAAAACUAGACGGCUCUGUUUGAUGGUAUGUUUUGGGUACCAACGCUCAGUUGUGUAUUAUAUUUAUAAUGAAUUUGGUUACCGCCUAGUUUCUUUUGAUAAACUGGCAAUUAAUUUGAUCAUUCGUUUUCAAAAAUAAAACAAGGGUUAUAGAUGUUUUGUAUUAGUCGAUGUUUUUAUGUAAAACUAACAUUAAAA